UGUUAUUGCAGCUGGACCAAUUGCACACAUGAGCCAGCAUAAAUAACAAUAAAUAUAAUUAUUAAUAUGAAAGGUGGCACAUUUCGUAACACACAAUGGGAUCCCACGCUGCUGACAUCCCAAAUUGUGUCCAUGCAGUGCUGCGUAUACUUCUCGCUGGGCCUGCUCGUGUUUGUGGCCAACAAGUUGGCUGGCGACAACUACACACUGGAUCACCUUUUCGAAUACCAUGAAAUACAUAUUUAUGAUCUGGGUGGUCGUCUGGUCAUCUGCGCUUUUGUGUUGAAUGCUUUUGUGGCCUCCUUGGCGCUCUGGUGCAUUGUUCGCCGCGCCAAGCUGUGCCUGGACUUCAGCUGCACUUUCCAUUUGGUGCAUCUGAUCAUCUGCUGGUGGUACAAUCGCUCAUUUCCCGCCAACGCCUCCUGGUGGCUGCUUAAUGUGAUUACCGCAACGAUAAUGUGCAUAGGCGGCGAGUUUUUGUGCCUGCAAACCGAAAUGAAGGAGAUUCCCGUGGGCUAUGCGGCGCUCAAUCAAAAGUCGGACGUUUGAGUGGACCCACAGAUAGAUCAACCAUGUGAUUGUGAUGCUAACCAAGCCACCCAAUUACUCUAAAUAUACUUUUAAUUUAUUGUACAACAGUUUAAG